AUGUUGUCUAAGUGCUGUUUCUGUAUCGGCUUAAGAGCGGCAACUCUCAUGUUAGCCACUCUUGGAGCUUUAGCAUAUAUGACCAAUGCCUAUCACUUUUCACAGCUGGCUGGACAGUUUGGUUUCUUUUAUAGUGCGUUAUCCACUUAUUAUGUUGGGGCGACUUUUGCGUGUAUCGCGGGUAUCAUUGGUGUAAUUAAGAAUAAAAAAAAUUAUGUAAAAAUAUAUUCCUUCUUUUAUUGGUGGCAACUUGUAUUGGGAUUCACUCUAUCCAUUGUAUUCUCCGUUGUGGCAUUCUACUUUGAUAAAGAUAUCUGUGAAAAAUUAAUUGAACAACCUGAUGUUGAUAUGGACAUGGGUACAUGCAUGGACUGGUACAUAAAGACUGCCUCCACAAUGGUUAUUUGUCUUGGAGUAUCGUGUCUCAUUGAUCUUCAUUUCUGUAUGGCCGUAUGGGCAUAUUACCAGAGACUCAAAGCUGAGCAUCAAUAUGACGUACUAUCAGAUCCUGGAUUUGUCCUUUAUUACACAGCAGUUCCUGCUUAUACUACUUCCCAACCACCUGCUUACGAAUCAGUUCCUCAUCUUGACACCAAAGUUACAUCUACUAAUUCUAAUGUUCAAAAUGAUGCUAAGCAGUAA